AUGCAGCGUGAAACUUUAAUACUUGAAGAUGAAUCUGAAUUCAGUGGUUUUGUAUUUGGAGCGUCAACUAAUGCUACCGAUGAAGUCAUCUUUCAAACUGGCAUGAUCGGUUAUAUUGAAUUAUUGACUGACCCAUCUUAUUGUAGACAAAUUCUAGUCCUUAUUUUUCCACUUAUUGGCAAUUAUGAUGUACCCGAUGAAAAAGCUGUUGAUGAUUUUGGUAUACAGCGAUGGAUUGAAUCAAAUAAAAUCUAUGCAUCAGGAUUAAUUGUUAGUGGUUAUACAGAACAGCAUAGUCAUUGGAAUACUGUUCAAUCUCUUUCAUCAUAG